GAUAAACUCCGAAGCUACUGAACCAAUUUUAAAAUUAUUAAAAUAUCACAUGUAUCUGUAAUUUGUUCUAAUUUGAAAGUUUUUGUCUCAAUCUUUAUCAAAAUAAUGAGUAAAAAUUUAAUUGAAUAUAUUAUAAUUAUGAAUCACAGCAACGCGUGGUCUGGUCAGCUAAUAUUAAUAAUACAAGCUAAAUACAAAAUAUCGUACCACUCUCCAAUAUUUAUUUAUCUGGGAAUAGAUACUGCUCGGCUUUUAUUUACUGUAUUUCUUCUUAAUUGGAUAUCUAAAUAUAUAUACAAGAUAAAGUAUUUUAUUAAAAUACUAGAAUAAAAAUCUAUUAUUUCUUCGUAGGUAACAUCCCACGUAAUGGGAUCGAAAAAAGAUGGCGUCGGUCGUGACGUCACCGACAUGGCGAUGGGGGGCGUGUCCGCUAUGUUCGCAACAUUGUUCACUAAUCCGUUAGAAGUGGUGAAGACCCGAUUACAAUUGCAGGGAGAGAUGAAGUCUAAAGGGAAACAUGCCGUUUUCUACAGGAGUGUGCCCCAUGGAUUGUUUGUUAUAGCAAGAACUGAGGGCUUAGUGGCGCUGCAAAAUGGGUUGCCGGCUAUGUUGGGAUUCCAGUUCUUCUUAAACACGUUUAGACUAGGAGUGUACAGAAUAUCUGAGCGUCGAGGGUUGAUAUCGGACGGUAAAGGACGUACAUCUGUAUUGCGGGGGGCGGCAGCUGCAGGAGUGGGGGGAGCGCUGGGGUCUGUUGCCGGCACUCCAUUCUUCCUGGUGAAGACGAGACUUCAGGCCCAGGCCGCGCAAUCUAUAGCUGUUGGACAUCAACACAAACACAAGGGCACUUACGCCGCCCUAGUAGAUAUUUACAGAAACGAAGGGUUCAAGGGUUUGUUUCGCGGCGUUCAGCCACAGAUCCCCCGCGGCGCGGUGGGCAGCGGCUCCCAAAUGGUCAGCUUCGCGUACGCUAAGGAGAGUCUGUUGGAACGCGGCGUGUUUGUUGACUCGCCUCUAUGUCUCUCGUUCGUCGCGGCCAACUUGGGCGGCGUUGUAAUGACGUUAUGCCUUAACCCGUUCGAUGUCGUCGCCACUAGACUGUCUAACCAACCGGUGGACGCACAGAAUCGUGGCAAGUUAUACAACGGUAUGCUGGAUUGCUUUGUGAAGAUGAUACGUACAGAGGGCACGCGCUCACUCUACAAGGGCGUCGCUGCCAACUACUUACGCCUUGGCCCUCACACCGUAUUGUUGCUAGUCUGCUGGGAUCAGCUCAAACUCCUAGAAGAUUACUUAAGAAGAUAGCACAAUUCAAAAUCAUCAUAUUUCAACACAAUAAGACCCAAAGUAUAAGCGAAUACUCUUUUUUUGGUGUUUAAGUGUUAAUCUUUUUUAUCAUAUGUUAUGUUUUUAGAUGAAUAUAGUUAUUUUAAAAAAUAUUAUUUAAAAACAAAACAUAGUUUCAUUUCAUAGGCAUUUGUAGACAGACAGCGUAUCUUAGUUUUUAUGUACAUUUUCAUAGUUUCAAACACCAUCAAAAGCUACGUAAUUUGCCUUAAUGUUAUAAACUACAUUAACUUUUACCUAUGAUUUUUACCUUCAGAAACCAAUCAAUAACAUAAAAUAAAACAAUAGAAUUGUACUCAAAAUGUUUAUGCAUUUAUCUAGAAAACAUUUUAAUGCAUUAUAAAAAAAACCGUAAGUGCGAAAUUUAACAACAAACUUGGACGAUUACAACUUACAACAAUAUACUAUGUUCUAAAUAUUGAUGCAAAGCCUUAAAAUUACUUUAAGCCGAAUGCAACCUUUUCUUUUUAAUAUUUAUCAUUCGUUUCACGAAAUCAUACCUUUUGAUUAAAAUAUUAUAUAUAAAUAUAUACCUAUUUGUAUAAUUUGAGCUUUCUUUUUUGCUUUUCUUUAAAACCAAGCAAGAAAUUUAGUUGAAACCUACGCGAUACAAACAAUAUAUAAAGAAAGGGAAUCAUAUAUUUAUUCUUUGUGCUACUUAACAAUAAUAAUUAAAUAAAACUAUCCAAAGUCAUAAAUAAAGGGAAACGCACCUUAUGUCUCAAAUCAGGGUUCUUCUAGUACCUGGCCCGAAAUAUUCUUACCUAAUACAACUUCGUUCUUAAAUAUUUAAAUUAAAGUUAAAUCAUCACCAAAAACUAGAAGAUGAUUUAUUAUUAGAUUUUGUCAUAUAGAUGUAGCUUACAUUAUAAACCUCAUACGUAAUAUAUUAAGCACCAUUACCCAAUAGCUGCCUAGAGAAUUAUUCUAAAUUAAACCUUAUUUAUUUAUCAUAAAAUUCAAAUCACAACAAUAAAACUCGAUUUGAACGAACCGUAGAGAUAAAUUCCAGCUUUCAGUUUUGGCAGUUUAUUCACUAAGAUAACUUAGCUUAAAUGUAAAUAAAAAUUAAGUACUCGCAUUUAUUGUACUAAGUCGACACGUCAGACUACAAUUCUGUCAUAAUAUUCCACUUUAUUUUAAACCUAAUGCGUUGUAGGCAGAGUUCAAAAUCAAUUGAGGAAAUUUUGUAUAUUAUCAUAGUCUAACGUGCAGCCGCGUGUACAUAAUAUGAUUAAAAAAAUAAGUUAAAUAAAUUCCUUAAACGUCGAAGCGAUACUCCUGGACGACUAGUGGGAUUUAUUCAAAAUAUUCGAGUUUACUAUAACAGACAUAACAUCUUC